AUGGCUUUAAGAUGUCACAAUCUGGUGGGCUUUCGAGCUCCGAAGCCACCAGCUCUACCUUGGACACCUGAUAAAUUUAUGCACUCGAGUUAUAAGCCAGCCCAGUCUCAGCGCAGGUUCUCGCAAACCCCAAUCACCCCAAAAAGCACUCGAAUUCCAAGAUCUCCCCGUACAUCUCUUGACAACACUCGUUACAAUCGGAAGCACUCUGUACCACCAGAACCAGAACCACAGCCCAGGCCAACUUGGUACUUCGGAGAAAAGGUGGCGCUAGCCAUCAUAGUGCCUUGCACUGCCCUCUUCACAUACAAAUUCUUCAACGAAUGUGAAAUCAGUUGGAGAGGGGCCGCUGCCUCGCCCGGAGCAGUGCAACGCAUGAUCCAAUACAACAAGACAUUCGUCUUCUCGAUGCGCAACGUUGAAGAAGGUCGAUGGUGGACUGGGCUCUUUAUAUCUUUGGGGGUAAAGAUCAUUCACUUUGCGGGCCUUAAAAGGUUCGGCUUGAUAUACUUGGGAGCUGGUAUCGUAGGUAACCUUGUACAGUACUACUGGUGGAAGAGAACCUUGCCUGAAAAUAAAGAUGCUGGGGCCGUGAGUGCUUCAGCAAGUGUUUUGGGCCUCGUUGGUUUCAUGACAGGAGCCGUACCUCACGCAAAAGUUACCUCCAAUAUAUUCUCUCUGACUCUGUGGAAGUUCAGUGCUGGAAUUUUGGGCUUAAGUAUCGCGAGCUUAUAUAGCGGCUGGUUACCUGAGCUGGGUCAUGCAGCUCAUUUCGUGGGGAUGAUCUUUGGUCGCUAUUCGGUCUACAUCAACAGCGGGCUACUCGUAACAGUCAACGCUGUGUGA